AUGACUGUAGGAAAAAUGUCACUAACAUUUACGGGAAGCGCACAGAUUGGAGGAAGACCGGACAAAGCUACGAUUCAAAAAAUGCUGGAUGAGAAUGGUCAGUUGAUUAGAGUUAUCGUACGGUACCAGAACAUGGGAAGGGCAAAUGAUGCGCUACAGUACCAGCAACUUCUUCAUCGAAAUCUCGUCUAUCUCGCUUCAUUAGCUGAUGCUAGCAUCCAGCAGGAGCUUACCCAGCAGAACGACAAUAUAAAAAAGGAGGUUACAAGGCAAGAUCUAAUUUCAAAUCAACAAAAUACUUAG